AAAGCAGCCGACUUAGCGUCUGUUUUUUAGUGCUCACUCUGAAAAAUUAAGGCAAGCAGAAAAGAUGGCUGCAGCACCCGAGUGGCUGACCCACGAAUAUCUCGAGCACGCCCUUCGCUCUCACUACAAAGACGAUGGUCUAACUAUAACCCAGCUGCAAAUAAAUCCCGCCUUGGGACCCGGAGAAAACUACGGAGGUGUUUUGACCCGGACUCGAGUGCAAUUUACACUGUCCAAUCAGGAAACACAUCUGCAGAACCUGAUCGUGAAGACGGAAAUCGAUGAUGACGAGUUGACCCAGGAACUGAUGGCUCCCUACGAUAUCUACAACAGGGAGAUGACAAUCUACCAGGAAGUGCUGCCCAAGCUGAAGGAUCUGCUGAAUGAAAUUGGAGAUACCGAAAGGAUUUUCCCCACUGCCAUAUACGUGGAUCGCGAGCGAAUGGCCAUUAUCUUCGAAGACCUUUCGGUUCAGGGCUAUGUAAUGGCCGAUCGAGUGCGUCGCCUCAACGAGGAGCACACCCACCUAAUCCUUCGGAAAUUGGCCAAGCUCCAUGCGGCUUCGGCUGUUUUAAAUGAAAGGGAAAAUGGGAGCCUCGAAAGCUACGAUCGUGGUUUCUUCAACCGCUAUACUAACGCGUAUAAGGGCUACUUUGUGGGUGGUCUUUUGGCCGCCGCCCGCUGGAUGAGCCAGGUGCCCAAGAUGGCCCAUUACGCAGAGAAACUAUUCGCCUUGGCUCCCCACUACAUGGACAUUGGCAGGGAGUGCUUUGCACCCACUGCGGGUCAGGUGAAUGUGUUUGCCCACGGCGAUGUUUGGACCAACAAUGUGAUGUUUAAGUACGACACGAAAACGGGACGACCCGUGGACGUCCUGCUCAUUGACUUUCAGUAUUCCUUUUGGGGUUCGCCCUGCAUCGAUCUACAUCACUUUUUCAACACGUCUCUGAAGGAACCAUUGCGUCGAGAUCAGCAAAGUGGGCUUUUCCAGUUCUACCACAGUAUUUUUAGUGAAACGCUGAAAAAACUAGACUACCGUCAGAACCCCAUUCCCAGUUUGCAUCAGUUUAAGCAGCAGGUGGAGCAGAAGCGAUUCUUCGCUAUGCACUCGACUGUGGUGGUACAACCAGUCAUGAUUAGCCAGGAUCCCACGGAUGCCUGUUUCAAUGCCUUGAUGAACGAUGAUGAGCGUGGCAUUCGGUUCAAGAACCGAUUAUAUAAUAAUCCCACUGUUCAACAAAAUCUUCAUUCUCUGGUCCCCUUCUUCGAUGAAAAAGGCCUGCUGGAAGUAAAUCAGACCUGUGGAUGAGAUGAUUAGAACUGAUUAACCGUGUUCCUUAGCUCUAUAUAUAAACUAGAAUUAGUUUUAAUAAAUACUUUUAGUACCAAUUACAUUUUCCGUUUUAUUUAAAUAAAGAAAAUUAUAUAAAAUAUA